CUCUCUUUUACGAAUCCAAUUCUUAAACAUCGCUUCUGUAACACUAACCAAACACUUCCCUUCUCCAUUUCUCUUCUACAAUCCACAAACACCCUUUUGUUCAUCAAUUAUUCACACAAUUUGGGGCCCAAAUCUGGGUUUUAAGGAGACGGAAACUUGAGGCCGACAAGUUGGAACCCGAACCUCACAGCACCUUGAACGCGAAGGAGACGGAAACUUGAGGCCGACAAGUUGGAACCUGAACCUCACAGCACCUUGAACGCGAAGGUUGUGAAAGUAUCGAUUGUGUGAAUGGCUGCGCUGAUCGACGGUCUCCCUGAUGCAGUUGCACUCAGGUGUCUUGCUCGGGUGCCGUUCUACCUUUACCCGAGACUCGAGCUCGUUUCUCGAUCAUGGCGAGAUGCGGUUCGCAGCAUGGAGCUAUACAAAGCCCGAGAAGAGGUCAAAUCGACUGAAGAGUUCUUAUGUGUAUGUGCGUUUGAUCCUGAAAAUAUGUGGCAACUCUAUGAUCCGAACCGAGAUAUUUGGCUUACGCUCCCUGUACUUCCUUCUGUGGUUCGGAACCUGGCCCACUUUAGCGUGGUUUCAACGGCCGGAAAGUUGUUUGUUUUGGGAGGAGGCAGUGAUGCGGUUGACCCUUUGACCGGCGAUCAAGAUGGGAGCUUUGCGACAAACGAGGUCUGGGCCUACGAUCCCGUCGUCCGGCGGUGGGCUCCACGGGCUUCGAUGAUUGUCCCACGUGCAAUGUUUGCGUGCUGUGUGUUAGACGGGAAGAUAGUGGUGGCGGGUGGUUUCACGACGUGCCGGAAAUCAAUCUCGAGAGCGGAAAUCUACAACCCCGAAAAGGAUGUUUGGGUGUCGAUCCCUGACCUCCAGCACACCCACAACUCGGCGUGUAUGGGGCUGGUGAUUGGUGGUAAGAUGCAUGUGGUGCACAAGGGUCUGACCACGGUUCAGGUUUUGGACAAUGGGAAGCAGGGGUGGGCGGUUCACGAGCAUUCAUGGGUGCAGGGUCCAAUGGCGGUGGUUAAGGGUUCAUUGUACGUAAUGAGCCACGGGCUUAUAUAUAGGCAAGAGAAAGAAGCUCGGAAAGUGGUGAUUUCGGCUUUUGAAUUCAAGAAGCGUAUCGGGUUCGCUAUGAUCGGUUUCCGGGAUGAUAUCUAUGUGAUCGGAGGAGUGAUUGGGCCGGAAAGAUGGAAUUGUGAUAUCAAGAAGAUGUCGGACGUUGAUGUUUUGACACUCGGUAGUGAGCGGCCGGUGUGGCGGCAAGCGGCUCCGAUGACGAGGUGUCGGGGAACGAUUCUCGGGUGUGCCGAGCUGAGGAUUUAGGUGUCGGUUUCUCGUUGUCUUUGUCGAGUUUUUCAUUGUAAACCGUAUGUUUCUGUUUUCGUUGGAUGUUGAUGAAAUCUACCUGGAUUUAUGUCGAUAAAAUCAUAUGUUAUGCC